AUGUUGGAUGUCAGCAGCGGCGCUCUGCAACCGUUGUUCUGGGCGCUCAUCGGGUUUGGUUCUCUGGCCGGGCUUGCCGCACUACUAGGCGGUGUGCUCUGGACGUACCACGCGUUUUUGAUCGCUACAAAGAGGACCACGAAGGAGUUCCAGAAGAGCAUCAAGAACAUCGACGAGGAGCCCACGCUGUGCGCCAGCAGGGGCCCUCGGCUCUUCGACCCGUCGUCCCUGGUCGACCCCCGGGACCUGAUACGCCCUGACGAAGCGCCCGCGGGAGACCCGCCCGUGUUCUGCUCGGUGUGCUGGGGCGACGACUAUUGA